UAAGAGUUAUAACAUAAAUAUGCUAAUACGCGAGUAAUUUAAAUAAUUGUCUGCUUGUAAUAAUCGGCCGCGUGUUGGGACUUUGUGAUAAUAUUUCGAUCGCUGUUAUCGCGUGUCCGUCACUUUGUCCGGUGGAAGCGUGGACUGCGCUGUUCACUAAGCUCGAUACUCAGUACUCACUAGUCGCUGGUGAGUGGUCAAUGAAUGUUCAUUCAGUCCACAACACGCGCCGCUUGCGCCGGUCGACAUCAACGGAUCAUACGGUCACUUCCUUUUCGAAUUAUCAUAACUCAACUAGUUUCUCAUGAAGGAUUGAUCAUACCUCCAUUACAACUCAAUAAUGUAUCGAGAAGAGAACUCAUUGGAGAGUGCUGUCCUCAACGACCAGUUACUUUUCGAAUAUUCGCCGGCUGAAAGUCUCAUAAACUUUGAACUUCCAACUUCUUUGGGCUCCGACUUUGAUGACUGGCAGUUCAGUGAUCUUAGCUUUAAUUGUGACGCUUUCAUCAGUGACGUGAAUGACACAAGUAGGGACUAUUGCCUCGAGGAAAGUUCAGCUGUGCUCUUUGAUUUUGAUGAUUUGGAUAAAACCUUGGAGCUGGAUGAAUAUUUGUUGGAAUCCAUCAACAGUGAUAAAUCAAAUACUUCACCGCGUUCAGAGACUGAUUCUGGAGACAUUAAUGAUGACAUUCCUCUAGGUAGGCUUUCCGUACUCGGUAUAGACUUGGACUCUACUUCACCAUAUAAUCAUGGUAGUGCGCCGGCUGCUAAAAUUGUGACAAAAACGGAAAAAAGUGUCGUAUCAGAAACAAAAGUGCAAUCGUGGGGUGAGCCAAAGUAUUAUCCGGAGUUGGGUGCGUUUCGGUGCCCGGUUGAGAAUUGUGGUAAAUUAUAUGCGAAAGUAUCGCAUGUUCGCGCGCAUUUGCGUCGUCACACUGGAGAGAAGCCAUAUCGGUGUACGUGGGGAGAAUGUAGCUGGCGGUUCGCGAGAUCGGACGAACUAGCCCGGCAUCGCCGAAGUCAUUCUGGGGACAAGCCGUACGGGUGCGGGGAGUGCAGUAAGAGGUUUGCUCGUUCCGAUCACCUCGCGAAGCACGGCCGCGUGCACGCGAGGCGAGCCGCUGCGGCUGCGGCAGCUACGAGAGACGUCCGCACGGACGCGUACCAGAGGAGAAGGCGACUUAUAUGAUUCUUGCGGCUUCUUCUUCGGCCAUCUUAACUUCUAGAGUGUCAGUGACUUAACUGUAUGUGAAGUGUUUAUUUAGUAGUACUCCCAACACUCCAGCCGCGAAAUAGUGGUAUUCUUGUACUGAUGCGUUUGGAAGCCGGUUUUAUUAUAGGCACAUGAUAUAUUCAGAUUAUUUAGAACACAGCAAGCCUUAAUUUAAUUACGUAGGUAUUUUAUUUUAUUAAGUAUCUCACAUUUUUUUGACAACACGAAAAAUGAUAAGAGAAUCAAGCUUGAGACGUUGUAUUAUUAUUGUUCUAAAAGCCAUAAUAAAUGCCAUACGUAAAUAUGAUUAAUAUCUCUUAAGCUUACUACAAUUUGUGAGAUUAAUAUAAGCGAUAUGCAUUAUGGUAUACACUUAAUCGGUAAUAACUGAUAUAUUUAAUGAAUAAUUAAUAACUUAUAUGUAUUACCAAUAGUGCAAAUUACCAAAGUGAUAAUAAGUUACCAGUAUGUUACCAAAUACUUAAAGCAAACUACCAAAAUACAUGUUAAUAAAUUUAAAUAAAACUGUUUAUAUUAAGUAGUUUUUAUGAUAAUAUUUUAUUACAUUGUUAUUUUAACAGAAGAUUUUUUAAAACUACAAAGCUACUUCACCUUCGUAGAGUUCAGUUUUUUUUCUUUGAACCGAUUGGAAUGAAACAAACACAUGUUACGGGAAUCUUACCAAAACAAAUCAGUGAACAUCUCAUUCUAUUCGGAUAAAUGUCGUUUCUGAGAUAAUUUUUUCCUGUUUGUUGGUGUAAGCUAAAUAAAUAUCAAAUAAAUUUUUUAGCCUAGUAUUUUUGUAAAGUAUACGAUAAACAUAUAAAUAACGUGUAUAUAUUUUUGACAAAGUAUUUAAUGUAUAGCCAUGACAUAUGCUUACGAUUUUGUUAUACCUAAGUAGAUAUAAAUAGAGGUAUAAGGUUCUCCACUAAGACGUGUCUCUUUACUUAUUUUGUUAUCAUUAAGAUAUAAUAAUAUAGUAAAGUUUUCAUUUUUUUGCAACAAUGAAUUUAUUCUUAUUAAUUACUGGUACAGCAAACGGGAUUCAGUGGUUAUAAAAAUUGUAAUAGGUGUGUCAUGUAUGUGCUUCAUGUAACAGUAAUAUUUUUAUUAGUAAUAUUAAGUUAUUUAAGUAUUACGUUAACCAUUUUAUGUAAGUUGGUAGGUAUUUUUUUCGUUAUAAAAUAUUGUGAUGUAGAAUUAUUGCAGUCAAAUAGCCGAGCUGCCAGAAGACUGAGUUACCCCUUAAAAAAUUACUUAAGUAAGAAUACUUAUAGAUAAAAUUAAGAAUUAUGUUGGUUUAUUGUUUACCUAUCUUAAUAUAUAUAAAUUACGUGACACGUUGUUUGUCCGCGAUGAACUCUUGAGCAAAUGAACGGAUUUAAAUGGAGUGAAUUAUUUUUAUUUCCAAUAUUAUAUGGACAUAUUUUCUGUGAGAGAUAUUAUUGACGCACGGUUUGACAGUUCUGCUGUGAAUCAAUUUCAUUAUGACAACAGGGAGCAUUUUUUACGAAACAAUUCUUGAUGCUUUGAAAUAUUAUAGACAAAUUCAUAAAAAAAAUGUAUUUUAUUUAUUAUAUUAUACAGAACAACGUCUGUCGGGUCAGCUAGUAACCUAUAAAUAACAAUGUCAGAUGACAUUGUAUAUGUGUUCACUGAGAUUUUGAUACAACUUACUUAUUUACUUUUAGUUUAAUGUUAUUCAAAGAAUAUUAAAUAAAUCCAUCAAUUUUGUUAGUUAAGCUUAUUUAAAUAUCUAGUUAAAUGUUAGUUCAAUAGUGAGCUGGUGAAAUCGAUAAUAAAUAAU